AUGUCCACUCGUGUUGUCGUCCUUGGCAUUGCCAUACUGUUGGUAUGCGGACGGCGAAAGGCAGGUGGCGCGUCUGGCAGUGGCGGAAGUGACAUGCCGAGAUUGACAGUUACAGACCCGAAUGUCCGCGAAUACAGGCCAAGUAAUGGAACCAACGUCACAAUCACGUGCACUGGUGUGAACUUCGUCAAGGAUUAUAGGGUUGAUUGGUCGGUUAAAACACGCAUCGGACCGAAACCUAUCACUAGUGCCGCAGAGAAAACACCCGACGAUCCGACCAAGUAUCAUGUGGCCAGUUCCUCCUCCAGUGACGGGGACACGUUCACGCUGACCAUAAUGUCCGUCAGACAGAAGGACAGCGGACAGUAUAUUUGUUCUACCUACUAUGAAGGCGGUAUAAUCGAGGGCGCGCUCAAAGUCGUGGUCGAGGAUAUUCCCGUGCUACAUGUCUUCGCUCGCAAUAUAUCGGCUCCUAUCGGAGGUUGGGCGGGACUUUCCUGUGAAGUUUUCGCCGAACCGAAAAUCCAGGAAAUCGUCUGGGAACGGAACAACGAUAUCAUCAGCAAUGGCACGGAUGAAAGAUAUUUCAUCUUUAAUCGCGGAACAGAAAUGAUUUUGACCAAGUUAAUGAUUUUGAAUGUAUCACAUGACGAUGAGGGCAGCUACACGUGUGUUGCUAGGAACGACAAAGGGUUAUCAAGUCAUCAGAUCUGGCUGUACACAUUUGUCUCAAAUCAAAGUGGAACACCGGAAAUGGGGUUUCUACCUCUGAAGAGUGCUAAGAUAGUUGAACCGAGUCGGUACCAUGCCAGUGUAGCAGUACAAGGUACUCUCCGGGUCACGUGUCUUGUAACCGGGUUUCCACAUCAACCAAAAAAGAUGCUCUGGCGCAUUAGAAGUUUCGGAGAUGGCCGUAAACUGCAACUCUCGGGUUCAGAAGAGCGUCGCUAUGAUGGCGUCACCAUCACCACCUACGUCAUGGAAAACGCUACAGGGUUUUAUUAUAAUCUCAUGUACUACCCUGUCAUGUACAAUAACACCGGAAGUUACACGUGUGAAAUCCUUCACCGCGACGGCGUCAGCAAGGACACUAUCAACAUCACUGUAUCAGGUGCUCCUAUCGUUGUGGCUUCACAGUUGUCGACCUUUGGACUACUUGGUCACAAGGAGGUGCUGAGCUGCUCGAUAUGUGCUAAUCCCGCCCCAACAUUAGUGUUGUGGUAUUUCGAGGACGCGUUGAUUUCGGCAUCAUCAAGGAUUGAGCAGAGUUUGACCACAGUGAAUUCCGUAGAACAGAAUGCGACCCUAACAAUCAAAUCGAUCACUGAGGAUGAUUUUGGCACCUACACUUGUAAGGCAUACAACAGCGUCACGCAUGGAAUGGCAGUGCAGGUCAUUCAAGAUGUUGACGAGUGUAGUUUUGACCAUCAGUGUCACCACGACUGUAUAAAUGGACUAGGCACGUACACAUGCACAUGUGCAAGUGGUUACAAACUGAUGUCUGACGAAAAAACAUGUGAAGAUGUGAACGAGUGCCAGCUGACUGAGAAGGUGGCAUGUGAACAGCUCUGUACUAACUACAACGGAACGUUUAUGUGUUCUUGUCGCGAGGGCUGGACGUUAGACGACAAUGGUAAAACAUGUACCAAUAUGAACGACAACUCUGACGAGAAUAGCGACGAAGAAGACAUACAAGCGGAGGAGAUUUAUUCUAUUAUCGGAGUCACAUCCGGCGCUUUACUCGUCAUCAUUCUCCUCAUACUCUGUGUCGUGUGGUGUCGCCGGAAGAAAGACGAGGAGGAGAUGCCCAUGAAAGCCGUAUUUUCAGUUAAUUCAGGUUAUAGUGGCUCAAAUUCCGAAAUAAACAUGGCAAAGUAUCAUUCUACUAACACUAAAGAUACCAAAACAACGCCUGCCGACGAAUUCCCGCGUCAAAGACUCCAGCUUGGCAUCGAUCUGGGACAAGGUCGUUUUGGAAAAGUCAUGAUGGCACGAGCGUUAAAUGUUUCUGGCUUGGGAAAAUGGGAAAUGGUUGCCGUAAAAACUUGUAGAGACAGCGCAUCUGAUUUAGAAAAAGAGGACCUGUUCCAAGAGUUGGAAAUCAUGAGAAGUAUUGACAAACAUCCCAACAUUGUCAGUUACCUCGGGUGUUGUACAAAACAAGAUCCCCUGUACAUACUUAUGGAGUAUGUCCCUGGCGGCAACCUUCAGUCUCAGCUCCGGAAGUGCCGUCCCAGCCAGCUGGCUACAACAAGCGAGGAAGGUAGUACGCCUUCAGUGAAGGAGCUUGAGACGCAUGCGCACCAUGUUGCUAAGGGAAUGGUAUACCUAUCAUCGAUUGGGAUCAUACAUCGAGAUCUAGCGGCGAGAAAUAUCUUAGUCGGUCGAAACAAAAUUGCAAAAAUCUGUGAUUUUGGUUUGGCGAGGGACGUGGAAGGAUCUGAUAUGUAUGAGCGGACCUCAAAGGGUCCGUCACCUAUACGAUGGAUGGCGCCAGAGUCACUGUCAGACCAAUGUUUUACCCGGAAAAGCGACGUGUGGUCGUUCGGAGUCCUCUUGUGGGAGAUCGUUACCCUAGGUGCCACCCCCUACCCUGGUAUGACAGCAAGGGAGGUCAUUAAGACGGUUCUCAUUGGGAAGUGGUUACAGUGCCCCCUUCACUGUAAACAAGAACUGUAUAGUCUUAUGACAAGAUGCUGGGAUAUGGAACCCAAAGAGAGGCCUAGUUUCAGUGAGAUCGCCAAAGAGUUGGAAGUUCUUAUCGAGUGUGAGACAGAAUAUAUUUCGUUCGACACUCUGGAAGAAUCAAAAUACGGUUGUCUAGAUCCAGACAAGGUGGACGAACGCGUGUAA